GCAGCGACCCGGGAGGAGGCCUCGGCCUUCGCGGAGGAGCGGCUGCAGCACUUGGACCUCGUCCGAUGGUUCUGCCGUGCGGAGGAGGAAGCCCAGCAGUUUGGCAAGCUCUGCGAUGCCUCCGUGGCCAUUGCCUCGCGGUCGGCGAGGGUCCGUGGAGCCUCCCACCUGGUGCUGGACUGGGCGGCGAAAUCCGUGCUCCUCGGACUGGCUUCCCUGGGGUCGCAGCUGGUCGCCCGCGGCGAGCUUACCGCGGGAGAGCUCACCUCCUACUUCUUCCACGCCUCCUUCCUGGGCCUGGGUCUUUAUGGCCUUGUAGGCCUCAUGCCGGAGGUCGCCGUGGCCCGUGCGUCAGCUCGGAGAUUAGAGAGCGUUGUGGCGGCUGGGCGCAGGAAGGAGGCUGCCGACUCCCCAUCUCUGUCAAAACCGCUGGCACCGCUGCCGCUCUCCUUUGAAGAUGUUCACUUCAGGUACUCGGAGGCGGAGGUCUUGUGUGGCUUCUCGCUGCAGCUCGCUGCGGGCGAGACUUGUGCUCUCGUGGGCUUAUCGGGAUGCGGAAAGACGUCCGCCCUUCGUCUGCUCCUGCGGGAUUUCGAGACCUCCUCGGGAAAGAUCACACUAGGCGGGCAGCUCCUGCAGAUGCUGGAUCUCGCUCAUGUCCGGACGCUGAUCUCCGUGGCGCCGCAGACGCCAGCACUGCUGGGCACAAGUGUGGCCAGUGCCAUCGCGUUUGGAGCCAGCGGUGAGGCAAGCAAGGAGCAGAUCGAGGCGGCUUCCAAGGCGGCUUCGGCCCACGACUUCGUGAAGUGCAGGCCGCAAGGAUACGAGACGCCAGUUGGGAGAGGAGGAGAGCUCGUGUCCGGUGGCGAGCGACAGCGGCUGGCCCUGGCAAGGGCGCUGAUUCGGGAAGCGCCGAUCCUUCUCUUGGACGAGCCCACGUCUGGACUGGAUGCAGCGACCGCAUCGGCUCUGGCGCAGGCAGUCCUGUCUCCACGGCCCAGCCGACCCACGACGCUGAUCGCAACGCACAGCCUUGCCUUGAUCAGGAGCUGCGAGACUGUGGCGGUGGUGUCGGGCGGCCGCGUCGUGCAGCGCGGCAGCUUCUCCGAGCUGAUCACCGAUUCCUCAGGGCACCUGGCGCAGAUCAUGAGGUCUGGGGAGCUCGAAGAGACCUAG